AUGUCAAGCUCGGCUCCGGCAUCCACCGUCGAGUCGUCAUCUUCAAAUAUUUGUGAUCCUUUGCAACGGCCAAAUACGUUUGACGUUAAGAUAUCACCAUCAGCACAUGUUCAGUUAAAUGCUGUUGCAAAUGAAAGGCCAAAAGAAUGGGAGGAUUUCACUGAAUUACCAUCUGGAAUGUUGACUCGUUUAUUUGAUCAGCUACAUCGUACAAGGUGGGUGGUCCCCGUGUUACCCAAUCAGGAGCUGGAAGGACUUAUGGAAGUUGCAAUUGUAUUAAUAAAACGAGGAAUUGAUAAAACGUCGAAAUUUUUCGAAGGUUUCCUCGAAAAAGGAUUGCUAGUUGCUUUUGAUAAGUUGAUGAAUGACGAGGCGAUGAAAGACUGGAAGAUCGAAAUCCAUCGAUUCAUUUGGCUAAGUGUUGCACGAUUCCUCGUAAUGUUCACGGAGAAAAUGCGGCAAACACUUGUAGCAGAAGAUUUUCAUCAUGCGUACUGGAAAAUACUGCAAUACACCAUGUCCAGCAAUAGUCGGCGUAAAAAAUUGUGCGUAAAACAAGGUUGGAAAAAGGGUUCUCGUGGACGUUGA